AUAUGACGUUGAGUUGUGACAUGCAAUUGGACAGGCCAAAUGGACAAUACCAGGCUGGCGAGACGGUUAAUGGCAACAUCUACUUGACGCUGCCCGAGCGCCAAUUAAUCAAAGCCAUUGCCUUAGAGGCCAAUGGCUAUGCAGCGUGUUCCUGGUUGAAGCCACAAAAGCAAAAGAAGAAGAAUCAGCAGCCGCAGGAACAAAAUGUGGUCGUCAUUGAUAAGAGUAAGGGAAAACAAAAGGAACCCAUAGCAUUUGAGCAACGAGUGGACUAUUUGGCCAGCACGAGUUAUUUCAUUGGCUCCGAGGCCGCCAGACACAAGAUCAUGGAUGCGGGCGUUUAUCAUUUUGCCUUCAGCGUGCCACUUCCCGAGAACUGUCCGAGCUCCUAUGAGGGACAAUAUGGGCACAUACGCUAUACGUUACAGCUGGUGCUGCUGCUGGGCGGCGACACAAAUGAGCGUUUGGUGGCACAUUACCGCACUCUGCAAGUGGUUCAACAUGCCGAUCUGCGGCACGAGUCAGCCACCUUGAAUGAGCCGCUGGAUGAGCAGCAAUUGGAACGGACACCACGCAUGAAAUUUUGGCAGCGACCUUUGCUCUUGGAGCUGAAUAUACCAAGACGUGGCUAUGCACCUGGCGAGGGUAUCUCAGUGCAUGUGCGACUGCACAAUCCACAACAACUGAUGCUCAGCGAACUGAUUUAUAAGCUCAAUCUCCUGACCACAUACACGGGUCAGCAGCGGGGCAAGCCGAAGCGUCAGGACACAAAGCUGGAGCGUCGAAAUCUGCUCAGCAGUGUGCAUCAACUCAGUAACACGCCUCGCAGCGAACUCUUCCAGCAUUUGCACACGCUGACGGUGCCACAAAUGCCACCUUCGCUGGAGGUGGUCUCCUGCCAGUGCCUGCAACUGAGCUAUGAGGUGGAGGUGGUUGCGAAGACCACACAGCGCACGCGCUUCAUCAUGGCCCAGGUGCCGGUGUGCUAG